ACACCCUCCCAACAGCGAAAGAUUAUCUGUGUCAAAGGUGGUACCUUGCCAUUGGAAUUUUCAACCAACAGGAGUGCUAGUGAACUUUGUUCCAUAUGUCACAUCAGAUGAAGAGGAGUUGGUUGGUUGAACAUUGCAUCCGGUCAAAACUAGCAACUUAAGAUGGGAAGCAAAGGUCGAAUCCCACCUCAUCUAAGACGCCCUCUUCCAGGUCCUGGAUUAAUGCAUCCUGAUUCAUUUGUUCCUGGAAUUCGCCCUCCACAUGGUGUAUUUUCUCCUUUUGAUAUGUUGCCUCCGCCGGAAGUUAUGGAACAGAAGCUUGCUGCACAACAUGUGGACAUGCAGAGACUCGCUAAUGAGAACCAGAGGCUUGCUGCUACACAUGGAACCUUGAGGCAAGAACUUGCUGCGGCACAACAUGAAUUGCAAAUGUUACAGGCUCAAAUUGGAGUUAUGAAGUCUGAGAGAGAACAGCGGAUGAGGAGUCUUACAGAUAAGAUUGCCAAGAUGGAAGCUGAACUAAAGGCAGCAGAGCCUGUGAAGUUAGAAUUGCAGCAGGCACGAGCAGAUGCCCAGAGUUUGGUCGCAGCAAGGCAGGAGCUUAUUUCUAAAGUUCAACAACUGACUCAGGAUCUACAGAGAUCCCACUCAGAUGUGCAGCAGAUUCCUGCUCUGAUGGCAGAAUUAGAGAGUCUAAGACAGGAAUACCAGCACUGCAGGGCCACCUAUGACUAUGAAAAGAAGUUAUACAAUGAUCACCUUGAGUCACUUCAGGUGAUGGAGAAGAACUACAUGACCAUGGCUAGGGAGGUGGAAAAGCUUCGUGCAGAGUUAACUAAUACAGCUAAUAUGGACAGAAGAACUGGUGGUCCAUAUGGUGGCCCUACAGGGUACAAUGAGGGUGAGGCUUCUGGGCAUCAUCCUAUUGGACACAAUGCUUAUGAAGAUGGCUAUGGUGUUCCUCAGGGACGUGCCCCCCUCCCUGGUGCCACAGGUGGUGGUGUUGCUGCUGCAGGUGGUGGUGGUGGUGGUGGUACUCCUGCUUAUGCUGGACCUCAAUCUGGCCCUGCUGCUAGCAGACCUGGUUAUGAUGGACCUAGAGGACCCGGCUAUGAUGCACCUAGAGGACCUGGCUAUGAUGCACCAAGAGGACCUGGUUAUGAUCCACAGAGAGGGCCUGGUUAUGAUGCUCAAAAGGGGCCUGGUUAUGAUGCACAGAGAGGGCCAGCUUAUGAUGGGCAGAGAGGACCGGUUUAUGAUGCACCCAGGGGCACUAACUAUGAUGCACCUACCAGAGCUGCCCCUGGCCCCCAUGGACAGGUGCCAUCCGGAAAUAAUGUUCCUUAUGGGUCUGCAACACCACCUGCACGUUCAGGAGGUGGGUAUGAGGCAGCACCACGAGGUGGAAACCCUGUUAGGAGAUGAGCAGGAGAUUUUUCAAUGCUUGUUAUUUGAUCAAUGGACAUAUCCUUCAUUCUCUUUUGUAUUUUUCCCCUCUAGCAAGGCCCUACAUACAAAAUCUUUCUUAUGAUUAUGGAAAUGUUGCUAUGAACAAUAUACAUUUACAAUGUAACAUGUGAGUGAAAGAAGUACAUGGUUGAAGGGAGCAUGAGCAGUUGAAGUAUGAAGGAAGCCAUCCUUGCAUAGCAUCUUCCACCUUUCUUAAUCA